AUGGCUGAUCGCGAAGGGGCUUUAGAAGAAGAAGGCAACUGUGCUGACGAAGAGUCUGAGAUUUUAGACUUGGAGGGACAAGGAUUGACCAGUAUACACUUGCCAGGGAAUGUUCAGCCCAAGACCUUGAUACUGGACAACAAUGAUCUAACAAAACUUGAUGGAUUGAAUGUCUGUCCUGAUUUAUGCCAGCUGUCUGCUGUCAACAACCACAUUGUCCACAUGACUGGCCUGCAUCUGCUGAAUUGCCUGACAGUUCUCAGCUUGUCCAACAACAGUAUUGGAGUUAUAGAGGGCAUAGAAGGAUUGGCUCAGCUCACUUGGCUAGACUUGUCCUCAAAUUCUAUUAAGGUAAUGGAAAAUCUGCCUAAAGGAGGACAACUGCACUAUCUGGACUUGUCUGACAAUGACAUCACUCAUAUUUCAGACUUAAGCACGCUGAAUAACUUAAAGACCCUCCUUCUCCAUAGCAACAACAUCUCAAGCUUGAAGACAGUGCCAGCUUGCCUUCCUCAGAGUAUUGGAGUUCUGUCCCUUGCUGACAACAGCAUCUAUGAUUUGAAUGAGAUUUCAUAUUUGUCAAGCCUCCCUUCCCUCCAGCAGCUGUCCAUAUCUGAGAACCCAUGUGUACUGGAGCCAUCCAACAGCAGAUAUCCUUUUAUGUCUUCUGGAUCAAGGGAAGCAUGCAGCAGUGUUAAUUUUUAG